CAAUGCCACUACAUAACCAAACACUGUCCCGCCGAAGACCCAGGCUUCUACUCGUAUCUUUCGCUCUUCUAUUGCUCUAUGCCGCAUGCCAAGCCAAUCGCCUUCCUUAUCUUGGUCUCUUGGCUUGGUCUCCUCUUUAGUACCAUCGGUAUAGCCGCUAGCGACUUCUUCUGCAUCAAUCUGAGCACAAUCGCUACAAUCCUGGGAAUGAGCGAAAGCAUGGCUGGUGUCACUUUUCUGGCCUUUGGAAACGGCAGUCCCGACGUCUUCUCCACCUUUGCCGCCUUCAGUACAAACAGCAGUAGUCUAGCUAUUGGUGAAUUGUUCGGUGCUGCUGGCUUUAUCACUGCCGUUGUUGCCGGUUCCAUGGCCCUCGUCAGGCCUUUUAGGGUGGCCAAGAAAGCCUUUAUCAGAGAUGUCGGCUUCUUCACCGUUGCUGCCGCCUUUAGUCUGUCAUUCCUGUGGGACGGAAAAUUGCAUCUGUGGGAGUGCAUCAUUAUGGUCGUCUUCUACCUCUUUUACGUGGCCUUUGUCGUUGUUUGGCAUUGGUGGAUGGGUGUCAGAAGACGUCGACGCGAAAGGAACGCCGCUGUAAGGGGCCAUUUCCUCGUUCCUGGAAGUGAAGAGGUUGAUGCCGAAGAGAACUACCAUGAUGCCGAUGAUGAGGAAACCACCACUCGUCCCUCGUUCUCGCGUGGACCUUCGGCCGACGACUUUUCCAUUCUUGAAAGAGGAGAUACACCUACUAUCAUCGAACCUUACGAAGAUGAAGAUGACGACGAGGUCAGAGAUCGAUGGCUUGGUGAGCUCAAAAGCAACAUGCGCCUCACAAGACCCGGUCCGAGCUCACGGCGGAACACUCUUACGCCUAUCCGCCCCAGUCUGGUGGGCGCUCUAGAGUUCCAAGCAGUUCUUAAAUCGCUGCAGAAAGCCAGGUCCCACCAAACGAUCCCUAUGCACACACGCCGCUACUCGGAUGAUCCGACUUAUACUACUGCUCAGCAGCAGGAAGAGCUGUCUAGUGAAUCUGACCCUGCUUCUAGGCCUCCUUUCCAUCCGACGACCGAGAGUACCUCUCCAACCCUCGAACGGCCUGCUCCCGAUGUAUUCAAGAACAAGUCUGGUCGUACACGUGCUGUUUCUGCCAACGACGCUGCACAAUUGCGCAUUGAUCCUCGCUUUGUCCAAAAGCACACACCUAGAAUGCUAGACAUUAUUGAAGACGAAGACAACGCAAAUCCGGCUUCCUUGCGACCAGCAUCGUUCCGCAGCAUGCCGUCUGGCGGGUCUGUUCGACCACAAACCCCUGAGGUUACCGUUUCCGACUUCGAUGAUCACCUUGCGAAUCCAUGGCAAGCGUCCAAUGUGGAGGAAAAUCUAGCCUCUGGACACUCACGCGAUCGUUCCACAAGUUCCAUCAGUGUGCCGAUCAUCGAUGUGUCAGAAGACACUAUGGUAUUACCAUCCAAAGUUUCUCGCAACAGUAGCCCAAGUCAUUCGCCCCGUACUUUCGGCAAAGAUCUCUACAACCUCAAGAUACCAGCUAGCAACAAUAUCUCGCCAAACACUUCAGCGCCCUCAUCGCCGUUUCCAGCAUACUACGAGCCAAGCUCCGCCAGCAGUAGUCGACCGCCUAGUCUGUAUCUUCCUCCCGCAAGCGUGUCUGUUGCAUCGUGUCCUUUGACGCACAUGGACGACGAGCAAGAGGAGAAACCGUUACGCUGGUGGCCAUACAGGAUUCUUCCACCCCCUCUCGUACUUCUGUACAGGCUGUUCCCUACAAUUGAACACUGGCGAGAUAAGAAUUGGUGGGAGAGACUGUUGGCUGUCAUUGCAGCCCCGAGCAUGUUCCUUUUGAUCGUGACUCUUCCUGUUGUGGAAUCCAAUCGGGAGGAGGUAGAGGAAGAGAUUGACAUCAUCGACCCUGUCGGAUCGAGGCCACCCAGCAUCAAUCAUCGGGAUGGUGAGAGCCCGCUUUCACAUCAUUCUGACUAUGUCCAUCCCUCAGCUGGUCCGGGAGCUGGAAGUGCUGCGGUAGCAACCCACAUCGAACGAGAUUACCUAUCGGUUCCUGGCGAGCGAGACCCUCUUGUCUCACCCGCUGCAAGCUCCGCGCUGCUGUCACCAACUACACCCAGUGCCAAGGUACAACCACAAUACUGGAACAGAUGGCUGACUAUCGUUCAGUUGUUCUUGGCUCCUUUGUUGAUCGUAGUGGUGAUCUACACGCAGUACCUUGACGAGACCGACAGCAUAAAGCCAUUGGUACGACCUAUGCUGAUAUCUCUACUCGUGUCGGUGGUCCUUCUUAUCCCCUUACUCUUGACUACGACACCAACUCACAGACCAAAACCUUACAACACCAUACUCUCCAUGGCCGGCUUUGUAGUCUCAAUAGCCUGGAUCUCAACGAUUGCGGCACAGGUAGUCGCCGUCUUGAAAGCGCUUGCUGUCAUCAUGAACAUGUCGCAUGCAAUCAUGGGCUUGACUAUCUUCGCUGUUGGCAAUUCCCUAGGGGAUCUUGUUGCGGACAUCACCGUGGCAAGACUGGGAUACCCAAUUAUGGCUCUCAGUGCAUGCCUCGGUGGUCCUAUGCUCAACAUUCUUUUGGGCAUCGGUCUAUCUGGCUCUUGGAUUUUGAUCCGUGGAGCGGAGCACAGGCACGCGAAGCAUCCAGGGAAACCGAUCCACUUCCGGACUUAUGAGAUCCAGGUUGGACAGACGUUGAUCGUCAGUGGUGUCACAUUGCUUGUUACGUUGAUUGGACUCCUCAUCGCUGUGCCUCUGAACAAAUGGGUUCUGAGCAGAAAGAUCGGAUGGGUCCUUAUUGGUGUAUGGUGCGUUAGCACCACAAUCAAUGUCAUCCUGGAAGUUCUUGGAAUCGGUGAAUCAGGGAGCGAAGAAAAAAGAUCCAUGACUGUCAGAUUUCGGUCCAGGUAA